AUGGCUUUCGCUCUAAGGUUCUUCACAUGCCUUGUUUUGACGGUGUGCAUAGUUGCAUCAGUAGAUGCAGCAAUCUCAUGUGGCACAGUGGCAACUAAAUUGGCUCCAUGUGGUGGCUACCUAUCAAAGGGCGGGGCUCCACCGAAACCGUGCUGUGAUGGAGUCAAAAGUUUGAACGGUAUGGCUCAAACCACACCAGACCGCCAAGCAGCAUGCCAAUGCCUAAAGUCUGCUGCAAAAGGCAUCAACCCAAGUCUAGCCUCUGGCCUUCCUGGAAAGUGCGGUGUUAGCAUUCCCUACCCAAUCUCCAUGAGCACCAACUGCAACAAUGUCAAGUGA